AGCCGCACUCCCUCACCGUAUUUGCAGGUCCCCUGUCAUCAUGGCGCUGGCCGUCCUGCGGAUCCUGGAGCCGUUCCCCACCGAGACACCCCCUUUGUCGGUGCUGCUGCCGCCCGGGGGCCCGUGGCCUGCGGCGGGGCCGGGUCUGGUGCUGGCCCUGCGGCCUGCAGGGGAAAGCCCGGCAGGGCCAGCGCUGCUAGUGGCGGCCCUGGAGCCGCCGGGCGCGGGGACCGAAGAGCAAGAUCCUGGGCCGCCGCAGCUGCUGGUUAGCCGCGCGCUGCUGCGGCUCCUGGCUCUGGGCUCCGGGGCGUGGGUGCGGGCGCGGCCCGUGCGGCGGCCUCCGGCGCUGAGCUGGGCGCUGCUUGGCACCUGCUCAGGGUCGGGGCUCGGGCCGCGAGUAGGGCCGCUGCUGGUGAGACGCGGAGAGGCCCUGCCGGUGCCCGGACCGCGGGUGCUGGAGACGCGGCCGGCUUUGCAAGGGCUGCUGGGCCCAGGGACGCGGCUAGCUGUGACUGAGCUCCGUGGGCGGGCCAGAGUGGGUCUGGAGACUGGGGACAGCAACCGGCCCCCACCUCCGCCCGUGGUGUCCUUCUUUGCAGUGUCGCGUACAGUCCGGCGACUCCGGGGAGUUCUGGGAGGGACUGGAGAUUCACUCGGGGUGAGCCGGAGCUGUCUCCGUAGCCUCGGCCUCUUCCAGGGCGAAUGGGUGUGGGUGACCCGGGCCGGAGAGUCAUCGAAUACGUCUCAGCCACACCUGGCCACGGUGCAGGUCCUAGAGCCUCGCUGGGACCUCUCUGAAAGGCUGGGACCUGGCUCUCGGCAGCUGGGAGAGCCCCUCGUCGACGGACUGGCCCUCGUGCCUGCCACUCUGGCCUUUAAUCUCGGCUGUGAUUCCCCGGAAGUGGGAGAGCUCAGAAUUCAGAGGUACUUGGAAGGCUUCAACGCCCCUGAAGACAAAGGAAGCUGCUCAGUGCUGCCUGGACCUCUGUUUGCCAAAGAGUUACACGUCGAAAUUGUGUCCUCUCCCCACUACAGCACUAAUGCAAAUUAUGAUCAUGUACUUUACCAACACUUUCAGACACCCAGGACAGUCCAGGAAGGGGACAUUCUGUGUGUGCCAACAAUUGGGCAAGUAGAGAUCCUGGAAGGAAGCCCAGAGAAACUGCCCAGGUGGUGGGAGAUGUUUUUUAAAGUGAAGAGAGCAGUUGGGGAGGCUCCAGAUGGGCCAGCCCGUGCCUACUUGGCCGACACCACCCAUACCUCCUUGUACUUGGUGGGUUCUACCCUGAGCCCUGUUCCAAGGCUCCCUUCAGGAGAAUCUACUCCCUGGAACAGCUUGUCUCCUCCAGGCCUGGAGGCCUUGGUGACCGAGAUCUGUGCUGCCCUGAAGCCUCGCCUCCAGCCAGGGGGUGCCCUGCUGACAGGAACUAGCAGUGUCCUUCUGCGGGGUCCCCCGGGCAGUGGGAAGACCACAGCAGUCACUGCUGCCUGUAGGCGCCUUGGGCUCCACUUACUGAAGGUGCCCUGCUCCAGUCUCUGUGCAGACAGUAGCAGGGCUGUGGAGACAAAACUGCAGGCCGCCUUCUCCAGGGCCCAGCACUGCCGCCCAGUGGUUCUGCUGCUGACAGCCGUGGACCUUCUGGGCCGGGACCGUGACGGGCUAGGUGAGGAUGCCCGUGUGGUUGCCACGCUGUGUCACCUCCUCCUCGAUGAGGACCCCCUCACCAGCUGUCCCCCCCUGAUGGUGGUGGCCACCACCAGCCGGGCCCAGGACCUGCCUGCUGACGUGCACACAGCAUUUCCUCACGAGCUGGAGGUGCCUGUGCUGUCAGAGGCGCAGCGGCUGAGCAUCCUGCGGGCCCUCACUGCCCACCUCCUCCUGGGCCAGGAGGUGAACCUGGCCCAGCUGGCACGGCGGUGUGCAGGCUUUGUGGUAGGGGAUCUCUAUGCCCUUUUGACCCACAGCAGCCGGGCAGCCUGCAUCAGGAUCAGGAACUCAGGUUUGGCAGGCAGCCUGAGUGAGGAGGAUGAGGGGGAGCUGUGUGCUGCCGGCUUUCCUCUCCUGGCUGAGGACUUCGGGCAGGCGCUGGAGCAGCUGCACACGGCCCACUCCCAGGCUGUAGGAGCACCUAAGAUCCCGUCAGUGUCUUGGCACGACGUGGGUGGGCUGCAGGAGGUGAAGAAGGAGAUUCUGGAGACCAUUCAGCUCCCUCUGGAGCACCCUGAGCUGCUGAGUCUGGGCCUGAGGCGCUCGGGCCUUCUGCUCCACGGUCCCCCUGGCACCGGCAAGACCCUCCUGGCCAAGGCAGUAGCCACUGAGUGCAGCCUUACCUUCCUCAGUGUGAAGGGGCCUGAGCUCCUCAACAUGUAUGUGGGACAGAGUGAGGAGAAUGUACGGGAAGUGUUUGCCAGGGCCAGGGCUGCGGCUCCAUGCAUUAUCUUCUUUGAUGAACUGGACUCCUUGGCCCCAAGCCGGGGGCGAAGUGGAGACUCAGGAGGUGUGAUGGACAGGGUGGUGUCUCAGCUCCUGGCCGAGCUGGAUGGGCUUCAUAGCACUCAGGAUGUGUUUGUGAUCGGAGCCACCAACAGACCAGACCUCCUGGACCCUGCCCUUCUGCGGCCUGGGAGGUUUGACAAGCUGGUGUUUGUGGGGGUGAGUGAGGACCGUGCUUCCCAGCUACGUGUUCUGAGCGCCAUCACACGCAAAUUCAAGCUAGAGCCAUCUGUGAGCUUGGUGACUGUGCUAGAUCACUGCCCACCCCAGCUGACAGGUGCAGACCUCUACUCCCUCUGCUCUGAUGCCAUGACAGCUGCCCUCAAACGCAAGGUUCAGGACCUAGAAGAAGGGCGGGAGCCUGGGAGCUCAGUACUGCUACUCACCAUGGACGACUUGCUGCAGGCCGCCGCCCGGCUGCAGCCCUCAGUCAGUGAGCAGGAGCUGCUGCGGUACAAGCGCAUCCAGCGCAAGUUUGCGGCCUGCUAGGAGCCUCUGGCAGCUCAGGACCCCACCCUCAGAGGCUGAAGGUACCUUAGUACCCCUGCAGACCUGAGAAGCAAGAGGCUCUUUCUCAGGCUGCCACCAACCCACCUGAAGGCUGCCUACCUAUCCAUCCAGGCCAACUCCAGGAAUACGGCCCAUCUGCUCAGGAGAACUGGGCAGGCCUGGCAUUGGGCCCUAGGGGAGCCAGACUGGCUGAAAAUAAAGUUUAUGCUGCCCCCUA